UGCAAAUUGUCGGUUAAAGUCAGAAAGAAAGAAGUUUGUCAGAAUUUUGACAGGAGAUGAAUAUAUUAAGGAGAAAUACCCAGUCAGAUUGAAUGUUGGUAAAAAGUCCAUCUAAGAAGAGCAGAAACAUGAGCCCAAGUCACUGACCUUUAGAAGAUAAAUGACCUUUUGUGGCCAUGGCAACUGAGAUACCCCCUGACCUCUCAGAGGUGGUGACUUCUGGGAGAAUAGGUCAAAUUUCCAGCUUCUGUCCACAGUCAUGGCGAUCUCUGCACCAAAAUGUGAUCGAGCGUCGUAAACUCAUCACCAUGCUUGCGAGUCGAGUUCCUGGCUCGUUUCAUUUCCGCACACAAACUACGCCCAAUGGCACCAAGACGAGACUGUACUUUUUAGGCAUGACCACCAAGGGACGUGAGAAUACCUUACUCUAUGUGGACCUUCCCUCCGCCAUUCCCGAUGCGCCCAGCGUCCUACCACAGUGGUCACUGUUGGAAUCGUUCUCCGCCAGCCUUCCCACGUCGCAGCUGUCGCGGGAGGAACAGCUGAUGAGGGAGAGGAAGCGGAUGGGGACGUACGGAAUCACGUCGUAUGAACUGAUAGAGCGGCAGGGCAAGUUUGUGUUCCCAGCCUCCAACUCCCUGUACACCUGUGUGGAUACAGACAUCACGACCACAGAGCCGGUUUACCCUGUCAACAUAGGGACCCAGGUGGAGGGAGCCAGACUGGACCCGAAGAUCUGCCCGACCAACACCCAGAUCCUGGCCUUCAUCAACCAGAACGACGUCUGGGUCACCAAUCUAGAUAACGGAGAGGAGUGUCGUCUCACAUUCACCAAGAAAGGACUUGGUAACUUGGAGGAUGAACCGCUGUCCGCGGGCGUGCCUUCAUUUGUUGUGCAGGAGGAAUUUGACAGAUACACCAGUUACUGGUGGAGCCCCGCCCCCUUACAGGGUCACGACCCUGAUAAUGACCAAUCAGAUUCCUCCUAUUGUUUACUGUAUGAGGAGGUGGAUGAAGGAGAUGUGGAAAUUCUGAAUAUUUUUUCUCCGUCAGUGGAAGGGAGAAAUGUGGAUCAGUACCGCUACCCAAGGGCAGGAACUCCCAAUGCUAAAAGUGUUCUGAAGCUAGUCAAGUUUUCUCUGGGUUCUUCAGGCAAGUUUGGUCAGGUCCAGCAUUAUCACCUAUAUGAACCACUGCUGACUUUUUUUCCCUGGAUGGAAUACAUGGUUAGAGCAGGCUGGACCCCUGAUGCUAAACAUGUGUACGCAGAGUUGCUGGAUAGAGAACAGAAACACUUGAGUGUUGUUUUGAUUCCCGUUGAUUUUUUUGUCCCCGUUCAGAGUUUUGGUGAUGAGGACAUGAACGUUGAUUCUAUUAGAAAGGCUUUCCCCUCACUCAGUGUGAUAUAUGAAGAGAACUCGGAUAUUUGGGUCAAUACUCAUGAUAUUUUGCAUUUUUUACCUCACUCGGUGCCUACGGAGGUGAAGUUUCUGUGGGCCUCGGAGAAAUCGGGCUUCCGUCAUUUGUACCGCGUCACGUCAAAGUUAGAAAGCUGUGAUAAACGACUGUGUGCCAUGGAUCUCUUAGAGGAGAGACAAGAUGGACUGUGUAAAGCAAAUGUGAUACAAGAAGAGAUGCUGACCUCAGGAGACUGGGAAGUCAAUGGAAAACAGAUCUGGGUAGAUGAGGAGAGAGAAGUUGUUUAUUUCAUUGGUCUAAAGGACAAUGUUCUGGAAACACAUCUGUAUGCAGUGUCGUAUGCCAGAUCUUCAGAACCAGUCCGACUCACCACGUUAGGGUAUUCCCACUCUGUGUCUUUCAACUCUGACUGCCUUUCCUUUGUGAGUGUAUACAGUUCCGUCAGUGAGACGACUUCCUGUGCUGUAUAUAGGAUUCUCCAUGACAAUGACGGCCCGAUAAGAACAAGGACCUGGGGGAUAAUAAUGCCGCCCAUAGGUUGUCCAGAUUACCACGCCCCUGAACUGUUUAAAUAUCAGAGUGACUCGGGGUUCAUCCACCACGGCUUGUUCUUCCACCCCCACGGAAAGGAGGAGGGCAGGAAGUACCCCACAGUCCUGAUGGUGUACGGAGGACCCCAAGUUCAACAGGUCACGAACAGCUUUAAAGGAAUUAGGUUUUUGCGGCACCAUGCGCUUGCCUCUAAUGGUUAUGCUGUAGUUGUGAUUGAUGGGAGAGGAUCUUGUGGGCGGGGCUUAAAGUUUGAGUCCCACAUCAAAGACAGGCUGGGUACUGUUGAGAUAGAGGACCAGAUAGAAGGGCUGAGGUUCCUGUCCUCGGUCGGGUUCUGUGUGGACAUGGAGAGGGUGGGGAUCCACGGCUGGUCCUACGGAGGCUACCUGUCUCUCCUGGGGGUCGCUCAGAGACCCGACGUCUUCAAGGUGGGGAUAGCAGGGGCACCUGUUGUUAACUGGCAGCUGUAUGACACGGGAUACACAGAGAGAUACCUGAACGUCCCCUCUCAGAAUGAGGCUGGCUACAGACAGGGGUCUGUACUCAGUCAUGUGGAAAAGUUCCCAGAUGAGGAAAACCGAAUUUUGAUCAUCCAUGGAUUAAUUGAUGAGAAUGUCCAUUUUCAUCACACCAGUGCCUUAAUCACAGCUUUAGUAAAAGCGUGUAAACCAUACAGAUUACAGAUUUACCCAAAUGAACGACAUGGUAUUCGUAACCACGAAGCCAGUGAACACUACAAGACAAUGAUUCUUAGCUUUCUACAAAACCAUUUAUGAGACUACAUACACACUUAAUAUGUAUUUCUUUUAAAAUCAAUGACUGAAGAUGUAUGACAUGAGAAUGCUAUUAUGAAGAGCAUGGGAAAUUUUCUCCAAAAUUGUUAACCAAAGAUGGGGAGAAGAAUUUAUAAAUUCUAUUGAAUUUUUUAUCAUGUUUUUUUCAUCUUCCAUUUGUUUGCUUACAUGCUAAGCAUCAUGGUAUACAUAAUUAUGUAGUCAAAGGACUAGAAUAUGAAGUGGACAAACAAAUGCUAACCUUAUUUAACCUUGAGCUUGAACAUUGAGGAACAUUGAUCUGUAUGUUUUUCUAUCUUGGUUUAAAUAUAAGCUUCAAAGGAAAUUGUUAUAGGAAUGAUAAAAGUUUAAUAUGUCAGUGUAGAAGUGGUUUGAGCGAUUUUGUCAUCUCAAUUCAGAUUUAUUUUUCAUAAUUUUUUCUUCAUCCCUUAUCUACUAUUUUAUAAAAUCUUCCCAAAUUAAGUCACCAUUCUGUCUUUUUAAUGCCAUAAUCAUUUGCUUGGAUAUCCAACUCUCUCUCCCUGCACUGAGUGAAUGUUUUAAAUCUUGUUUUAACAAGGAUAGAGCUUUAAUUUUUUCUAGAAUUUAUAUGUGGUCGGAUAUAAUUGCUUUCACUUUGGUAAAUUAAAGUAAUUUUUUCCACCAUUUAAAGGGGGGGGGUGUUAUGCUUUGCUUUUUUUUUUGUUUGGUACAUUAAUUAUUGGUAAGUUAACAGAGUGUUGCUUGCUCAAUAAUUAAAAAAAAGUCAUGUGCUUCAAAGACAUCAAACUUGGUUCACUGGUGUAACCUGAGAAUGAGAUGACUCCUAAUGAGUUUAAUAUGGUCAAACGGUCAUAGAUCAAAGUAUCAUAGAUGUAGAAAAUCUUGUUUAUUUAAUGUAUUUGGAUCCUUCAUGAUCAAUUGACAGACAUAAAACAUGUAAGGUGCUCCCAAUAUCAAGUUAAUGAGUUAAACUCGACAUAGGAAGAGACUGACUGCUUGAUGUCUUGAGAUUUUUUGUCACACUUUGUGUUCAGUUCUAAAUGACCUGUAGAUUUGAAAGUCACAAUAUCAAAGGUCAGGGGUAAAACUGGACAUCGAAAUAAACAGUCCCUUCAGUAUCUUGAGGACCCUGUCCUUUACUUGACAUCAACUGGUUCCCAUGAAAAAAAUUGACACCUAUUGAUUUUAAAUUCACAAAAUAUCAAAGGUCACA